GUAUCACAGAACGUCUUGAAGUUAACAACAAAGGUAUCAUCACAUCUGUUUGAUCCUCACAGCUCAUCAUGGCAACACAGAAAUAUGAGGGCACCAUCUCCAACAGUGAUCUGAAAUCUGAUGGACCUCCUGCUGUCUACCAGCUGAGACCAAAGAAACAGAAGUUUGGGACUCUGACAAGAAUGACUGUUGGAGAAAAAGCUAUUAACAAGAUAAAUAAAACCAUCUUACUUGUGGGUGAAAGAGGAGCAGGGAAAUCUACUCUGAUCAACGCUCUGUUAAACUACAGCAUGGGAGUGAAGUGGAAGGAUAGAGUCUGGUUUCAGAUCGUACAGGAGGAGAAAAGUCAGACAUCAGAUGUGACCGUGUACGAGAUCUUUGGUUUUGAAGAUGAAACUCUGCCCUACUCCCUGACCAUUAUCGAUACUCCUGGAUGUGGAGACGCCAGAGGGAUCGAACAUGAUGACAUCAUCAGUCAAAGAUUAUUGGACUUAUUUCAUACAGAGGUUGGAGUUCAUGAAAUUAGUGCAGUGGGUCUGGUGAUGAAGGCAAGUGUGAAUCGACUAAGUGACCGACUAACAUAUUUGUUCGAUUCAAUGACGUCUCUGUUUGGAAAAAGCAUGGAGAAAAACAUAGUAGCUCUGAUCACACACUCAGAUGGAAGAAGACCUAAAACUGCUCUUAAAGCUCUUGAAGUUGCAAAAAUUAAAUGUGCCAAAAAUGAGGAGAAUCAGCCUGCUCACUUCCUCUUUAAUAACUGCCAGCUUGAAAACCAGAAAGAAAAAUACCUGAAACAAAGUUAUAAAAACUCAGAGGAAGAAAUGAGAGAGUUCACAGCUUUCCUGAAGGAAACUACACCUCUAAAGCCAAAGGCAGCAUCUGAAGUGUUAAAGGAAGGUAUCAGACUGACAGCCUGCAUCCAAAACCUGCAAGAAAGGAUCAGAUUCACUGAAGUAAAACAAAGAGAAAUGAAACAGACACGAGAAGCUCUGAAGAAACAUGACAACAUUAAGAAUGAAGAGGUCCCUCCAUUUGUUGCUGAAGUUUUUAAACAUAAAGAACCUAUCAGAGAAGAGAUGUGUGGGCCGGGUUUUAAAGCAGCUGUCAGCUGUACAGUCUGUGAAGAGAACUGUCACUAUCCUGGAUGCACAGUGCCCUUAGAUCACUGUGAGGUCUUUGGAGAUGGUUUCUGCACAUCAUGUACUAACAAGUGUCCUGGAUCGAAACAUGUGAAAGAAAAAUGGAGAUAUGUGACCAGAAUAAGGAAAAGUCAGAAGAAUGAACCACAAACAAAAGAGAAGGAUGUUCAUUUACUUGGAAAGGAAAUGAAACAGCUGACAGCAGAAAAGGAAAAGUGGCUCAAUGAGUCCUACCAGCAUGUUGUCAGACUGGAGCAUAUCACUCUGAAAGUUGAUUCAGCAUCCACUAUUGUCCACUUGGACCUCCUGAUUGAGAAGAUGAAACAGAAAGGAGACACAGAGAAGGUCCAGAAACUGGAGGAGAUGAAAAAGAGAGAGGAUGAAGGAACCAGAGGAACUCUGAGGAUCAGUUUCACCUCACCACCACAUGAAGACAUCAUCUUAAACAGUUUUCUCAUCAGUUCAGGAUCUCCUAAUGUCUACCAACUGAGACCAAAGAAAAAGAAGUUUGGAACUCUGACAAAAAUGACUUUUGGAGAAAAAAAUCUUAACAAGACAAACAGAACCAUUUUACUUGUGGGAGAAACAGGAGGAGGAAAAUCUACUCUGAUCAAUGCUGUGCUCAACUACACUAUGGGAGUGAAGUGGGAGGAAGAAGUCUGGUUUCAGAUCGUAGAGGAGAAGAAGAAAAGUCAAUCAGAAGGACAGACAAAAAGUCAGACAUCAGAUGUGAUCGUGUACGAGAUCCUUGGGUUUGAAGAUAAAACUCUGCCCUACUCUCUGACCAUCAUUGAUACUCCUGGAUAUGGAGACACCAGAGGGACUGAACAUGAUGACAUCAUCAGUGAAAGAUUAUUGGACUUGUUUCGAUCAGAUGAUGGAGUUCAUGAAGUUCAUGCAGUGGGUCUGGUGAUGAAGGCAAGUGAUAAUCGACUGAGUGACCGACUGAUGUACAUCUUUGAUUCAAUGAUGUCUCUGUUUGGAAAAAAUAUGGAGAAAAACAUUGUAGCUCUGAUCACAUACUCAAAUGGAAGAAGACCCGAAAACCCUCUUAAAGCUCUUGAAGUUGGGAAUAUUGAAUGUGCCAAAAAUGAAAAGAACGAGCCUGUUUACUUCCUGUUUGAUAACUGCCAGCAUGAACAGCGAAUGGAGGAAAACACAAGUUCAAAAAAGUCAUGGGAACUCACACAGAAAAACAUGGAUCAAUUGACAGACUUCUUAGAAAAAUCUAGUCCUCAAAAACUGCUGACAACAGUCGAAGUGUUAAACGAAAGAAUCAGACUGAAAGCCUGCAUCCAAAACCUAAAAGAGAGAAUUGAGUUUAUUGAACUGAAACAGACAGAAGUUGCAGAGAUCAGAGAAGCUCUAAAGAUCCAAGAAGCAAAAAAGAUAGAAGCAGAAAAACAGAUUGAAAAAGCAAAAAAGAAGCAAGAAACUGUAAAUAGAGAUGGAAAAGAAGCUCUUAAGCUCCAAGAAAUUAUAAAAAACCUUGAAGAACAGAUGAAGAAGAAUGAGAAGUUCACUGUAGAAGUUGAUGAGGCAUAUAAAGUUAAAGAAGAUAUUGGUGGUGGGAUGUGGGGUUUAGUUUUUUAUGAAGCAGCUGUCUGCUGUACAGUCUGUGAGGAGAACUGUCACUAUCCUGGAUGCACAAUGGCCUGGAAACCUGCACACUGUAAGGUCAUGAGUUGGGGUCACUGCACUGUUUGUACCAACAAGUGUCCUGCAUCAGAUCACGUGAAAGUAAAGUGGAGAUAUGUGCCCAAGACAAGGAAAGUUAAGAAGACAGAUGAAGAAAUGAAAAAGAAGUAUGAAAAGAAUGAGUUAGAAUGUAAGGAGAAGUCAAACCGUUUGGAAUGUCUUAAAAAGGAAAUGGAUGAACUAACAGCAGCUGAUUCAUCAAUGAACAAACAAGAAAUGCAACAGAACUAUGAAAAGUAUCAAAAAGAAAAUGAGAAGAAGUGUACCCUGUUGGAAAAUCUUGAAAACGAAAUGAUCCAACUUACAGCAGAUAAGGAAAAGUGGCUGGAUGAGUCCUACCAACAUGUUGUCAGACUGGAGCAUAUCGCUCUGAAAGCUGAUUCAGUGUCCACUAUUGUCCACUUGGACUUCCUGAUUGAGAAGAUGGAGGAGAGAGGAGACACACAGAAGGUCCAGAAACUGGAGGAGAUGAGAAGGAGGGUGGAUGACAGAAAGAGAGCAGCAGUGAGAUACAGGUGUGCUCAAAUACAACAACCUGUAAAAGAUGGAAAACAAUAAAGAGCAAGUUGCAAAUUUAGAGAAGCUUGAAAGGGCUGUGUAUAAAAACCUAUUGCUGUCUAUCAGUAAUUUCAGAAAUAAGUUGUGUUUUUUUUGUUUGUUUGUUUUUUACAGAUAUUACAGAUAUUUCUUGUUAAUCAGUUACAUGCACAAAAUUAAUAGUUUAUUUGGAAACAAUGAAUCUCCAGUGAUUCUUCCUAAUUUUACAUUUGCAUUUGUUUAACAAUACUGACAGUUAUUACACUGAACACACACUGUACAUAAAAGAUAAGAAUAAGACAAGGAUACCCCCUGCUGUUUAAUGAUCAGUAAAACAGUGUGUGAGAACAGCUCCCUCCCUCUCUGGUAUCACAAACUAAACACUGUGUUCUCUACAAAUACAUGUGUUUCUGUCACAUUGUUCUAAUGUUGUUCUCACUUUGUCAGUGUGAGCUUUAUUCUGCUCCUCUUUUCAUGGUGAGUCAGUAAAGUGAUUGUGGGACAGUAACAUGUCACUGACAUGAUCCAGAGACAGUCCAACAUGUUGUCUUUCUAAUCAGUGAGUACAGAGGAUGUUGGAGAAACUGAACUCUGACACAGUGUAGAAAUAUCCAAUCCAACUUCUUCAGCGUUUGUGAAGAGUCCAGUCUUGAUCUUCUUCCAUCUAUUCAAUUCAAUUCAAUUUUAUUCAUACAGCACCAAAUCACAACAACAGUCGCCUCAAGGCACUUUGUAUUUUAAGGUAGACUCUGAAAUAAUACAUACAGUGAAAAAACCAACAAUCAUGUGACCACCUAUGAGCAAGCACUUGUAGUUGUAUAAAGCGCUUUGAGUACUCAGACAGAGUAGAAAAGCGCUAUUCAAUUCAAUUCAAUUUUAUUUAUAUAGCGCCAA